GGUUUUAAAGGUCCACCCCCUCGCGCAGGAAUGGGGUGUGUUGCCGUGGGCAGGCACACAAUCGUCUCGGCGGUCGCCCCGAGGGGGGCGUGUGCGCACAGACUUCUCCGUGAACAACAGCUGAGUUCGUCUGUAGUGGCAAAGGGGUGUACGCGUGCUCUCCCGCUCGUACACACACUGCAGUAGGCGCGCGCCACCCGGUGUCGCUCGGCCCGGGAGAAAGGAGGGCAGGAGCCGGCUGGAAGGCAAUCGCCUAACGAGCAAAUACUCCCCGCCCGCCCGAGCCCUUCCCUCUCCCGCCCCGCCCGCCUCCCUCGGAAGACUUGGAGGCCAAGGCCGCAAGAGGCGCAGGCUCUUGUCGGCCGGGGUGGGGCUGGGCCGAGCUGGCUGUCCCUUUGAAACCUGGUACGAGGCUUUACGCGGGGCGACCUGCGCCCGCGCCCGCUACGCCCGGAGCGUGGUGCUCGAGGCUUGUUCAGGGGCGAGUAGGUAGCGGUUGGUUAAUGAUUUAACCGCUCGCUUGGGACGUUGAAGCUGAGAUCCUGGUCUCUGGCUCCUCCCCAUUCCUGGAGCGCCCCCAGCCGGAGGAACAGAUCUGCCCUUCUGUGUCUGUGGCGUCGCCUGUUGGAGCUGCCUCUGCCCGUUGGGGUCCCCUGGUUGCUGUGGCCCUCUGAUUGCCCUGUCUACCCUUUGCACUUGCUGGACUUGAGAUCUGACCCCACACCUGCCUGUUGCCUUGGGAGUGCCCAGCUCCCCCCACAGCCAGCAAGAUGCCCAUUCUCAAACAGCUGGUGUCCGGCUCUGUGAACUCAAAGCGCCGCUCACGCGCGGACCUCACAGCGGAGAUGAUCAGUGCCCCACUGGGUGACUUCCGCCACACCAUGCAUGUGGGCCGGGGUGGGGAUGCCUUUGGGGACACCUCCUUCCUCACUAGCAAGACGGGCGAACCUGAUGGCGAGUCCUUGGAUGAACAGGCCACAUCGUCCAAACUCAGCCUCCUGUCCCGGAAGUUCCGGGGCAGUAAACGUUCACAGUCUGUGACCAGAGGGGACCGGGAGCAGAGAGACAUGCUGGGCUCCCUGCGGGACUCAUCACUGUUUGUCAAGAAUGCCAUGUCCCUGCCUCAGCUCAAUGAGAAGGAGGCCACUGAGAAGGACUCCAGCAAGUUACCCAAGAGCUUGUCAUCCAGCCCUGUGAAGAAGGCAGACACUAGAGAUGGUAGCCCGAAGAGUCCCCAUCGGAACGGGGCCACAGGGCCCCACUCACCUGACCCACUCCUUCAUGAGCAGGCCUUUGGGGACCUGAUGGACCUACCCGUCAUGCCCAAAGUCAGCUACGGCCUGAAGCAUGCUGAGUCGAUCCUGUCCUUCCACAUUGACCUGGGGCCCUCCAUGCUGGGAGAUGUCCUCAGCAUCAUGGACAAGGACCAGUGGGGCUCGGAGGAGGAGGAAGAGAAGGGAAGCGGCAUUUACCGUGUCAAAGAAGGCCCCGGUGGCAUUGUCCAGGGGCCCCCUAUGCUGGAGGUAGCUCCUCGAGGGAGGCAGGAAAGCAAGGCCAGCUGGGACCAUGCCUCCAUGCUGCCCCACCACGCUCUGGAGGAUGACAGCUGGGCAGCGGUCGCCCCCAGCCCCAGCUCAGCACGCAGCGUGGGCAGCCAUACCACACGGGACAGCAGUUCCCUGUCCAGCUACACCUCAGGCGUCCUUGAGGAGCGCAGCCCAGCUUUCAGAGGCCCAGACAGGGUGGGGGCUGCUCCCCCAAGGCAGCCAGACAAGGAAUUCUCCUUCAUGGAUGAGGAAGAGGAAGACGAGAUCCGAGUUUGAGGCUGGACAGAAAGUUGAAAGUAGCUUCCACAGCUCUGGGCUGCGUCUUUUCCCUGCUGCUGCUGCCUUCACUAUGACCUUUGACCUUACUUGUAGGUGCAGCUAAGCCUCAUCGGAGUGGACCCUGGACCUCAGGGAUUGGGGUGCCCAGGGAGUAGCAUGAGUACUGGUGCCUGGCGGCCUGACUCUGACCUGUCCGUCCUUCCCGCACCAGCUUGGGACAGAGCCGAGUCUGCAGGAAUCCAUUCUCUUCCGGGCCCCUUGCUUCCAGCCUGGCCUCAGAUGGAUGCCAGAUGUUAGUUUGAGUUCCUGCUGCAAUGGCAGAGCCCCCAGGUGUGGCCUCAUGGACACUUGGUUCCCUUUUGUUCACCUCGUGUCUGGUGCCUACCAGGGAGCUAAUGCAGCAGGAGGCAGGGGUGCCCACAUAUUCGGGCUCCUCCUUCCUCCACCCUUGCCUCCUCACGGGAAGCCUGGUGCUCUUUGGGGUUCAGCUACAGCUGGGGGACAGCUUCAACUAUUACACUAAAUGCAGCCUUUCCCAGGGGCCAGGACAGGAUGGGGCAGAGAAGGAACGCCCUGCUCACAGCUUUUUGUGGUCUCACGAAGGACCACCCCCCCCCCCCAGCAACACUAGAACCAGGAAAGGGGCCAGCUCGGCCCGUGGGUGCGUUUGUUCCUUGUUGCUAUGUUUAAACCUGAAUAGAGCACUGUCAGAAUCCCCCACCAGAAGAGCGACUGUCUUGGUGGCAGAGUGACUGUUAUCUGACCUGAGUUGGGGUGUACAGGCCCUGCCCAGUGUUUGUCCCUGAACCCCCCACCUCCUUAGCUGUUAAUGGCUGAAUGAGGAAAGUUCUGGAAUACGAUGCUUAAGUAAUGCAUUAUAUCCCAGUGUGAUGUGUGCUUUGGCUCGUUAGUGUCCUCUCCUUGGGUUAAGGGCCAGGCUUAGCAAAAAACACGAAACAAAACAGGACCAUAUUUGAUUUGGAUUCCAGGAAAAUGAACGUGGGUUUUUGUUUGUUUGGUUUUGGCUUUUUGAGGUACAGUCUCACUCUGUAGCCCAAGCCAGCCUCAAGCUCCUGCAAGCCUCGCUUUCCCUAGGAGCUGGGGUUACGCGUGUGCACCACAGUUCCUGGCUGUUUGUUUUUCUGAAAUCUGUUUUGCUCGGCUCCUGUAACUCUACCCAGAACAAGGGUAGAGGCCGGGACCUGAGCCCUGGGGAGGUGGUAGCUCAUUACUUUUCUGUGCUGGGAGCAGGCUGACCCAGUCCCUGGUCAAGCAUAGCCAGUGGGAAUCUGGGGAGAGAGCAAGCUAAAUUACAAGCAGAGUCUGGCCAGAUGGUGACUGGCCAUGGGUUGCUCUGCUUCCAGAGGCCUCCAAAUUCUGAUCCUGAAAUGCUCACUGGGCUCCUGACUGGUGCUCCUACGCAGGUAGGCACUGACAGAACUGCAGAGCUGUGUCUCUAGCCAGCAGCACACACACACCCCUCUCCUAAAUCUACCUGGUUGGUUCUAGACUCUAAACUUUGUAUUUUUUUUCCAUGACAUUGAUAAAGCAGUAAGAAAAUAUUAAAAUUUCCUCCUAGCA